AUGAAACCUUCAUCAUCCAAGCCAACUAUCACUCGGAAUCGUCGCAGUAACGCCGAGGUCAAGGAAGAUAACACCAAAAUGCUCAAAGAAUUGAAUCUCCCGCCUGAUACCAGAAUAACGACUGCACUCACUCGCAGGUCUAAAGCUCAAAAAGCCAAGAACAUACCGGUUUCAACUUCCAAAGUUCCUGUAAUCACUCCCUCUAUACUUCCACCACGAGCACCAGCACCUCCAGUUGUACGAGCACCAGCACCUUCGGUUGCAUCCCAAAAGCGACCUAACUACUCGACAACGCAGGUUGGUGGGCUCAGCCGUGGUGCUGAAUGGAAUGCGCUGGCUGCAAUGGUUAACAUUAGGCACAACAAUCGUCUUCGAGUCACCAACACUUCUAGUCCAGCCAAUUUGGCUAAGCAACCAGCAAAGCCUCUACCUGCUCUCAACGCAAAUGAAGUAAAAAAAAAACAAACCGUCGACAGUGCACUCAAGCAAAGCAAUUCCGAGCGAUUGAGUUUCUACAAGGAACAAAUCAACCUUGCAAGUAUCAAGCAGGACGAACGAGCUCAAAUUGCAAGUACAGCAGCAGCAGACGCAUUAACAUUUGAAAAAGAGAAGUGGAAAACUCAGCAGGUACACAAAGACGCAAAGAGCGCGUCUGAGGCAGCACAACUUUUCCAGAUUUCUCAGGCAACUCGUGAUCAUGAAGAUAAGAAAGCACAGCAAGAGGCGAUUGAGCGUUGUCGCAAGGAAAAAAUGCCCAUGGAAGAAAUCAAAGAGUACAUCAAUUUUCUUUUUCCACCUUCUGACAACGCUUAG